AUGGGGUUGCCGUGGGAGAACAUCACGGGCGGCGCUGCCACGGUCACUCUGGCUCUCACCUGGGUGCAGAACGAUUGGUCCAGGCUGCUCCUGUUGAAACACUUUACAGGGCUGUGGACUGUGGGCUUCGUGUUCUGGGUUGUCUGGGCGAUAUGGAUCUAUCCGCUGCUCGUGUCGCCGUUGCGACAUCUGCCUGAACCCUCCAACAACCACUGGCUUCUGGGCCAGGCAAAGAGGAUAUUUGCUGAGCCUUCGGGCGUGCCAAUGCGAGAAUGGGUGGCCGAGAUCCCCAACGAUGGCAUCAUCCGCUACCGCGGCCUGUUGAACCAGGAGCGGAUCCUCGUCUGCUCACCCAAAGCGUUGGCUGAGGUGCUGGUCACCAACAACUACGCCUUUGCGAAGCCGAGUUACUUGCAGCAAUCCAUCGGGCGCAUCCUUGGAAUAGGUGUGCUGUUCGCCGAGGGCGAUGAGCACAAGAUGCAGCGCCGCAGCUUGACGCCUGCGUUUGCCUUCCGUCAUAUCAAGGACAUGUAUCCCAUCUUUUGGCGCAAAGCUAAAGAGGUGACCCAGGCUAUGACGACAGAGCUUGGGGGCCGGGACGAGGUCGAGCUUGAAGUGUCCAGCUGGGCAUCGCGGGCGACGCUCGAUAUCAUCGGCGUCGCUGGCAUGGGGCGAGACUUUGGUGCUAUCCAAGACCCGGAGAGCGUGCUCGCCAGGACUUACAGGAAGAUCAUCAAGCCUUCCCGCGCGGCCCAGAUCCUGGGUCUCAUUUCCAUGUUUAUACCGCUGCAAAUAGUCACCAAGCUGCCAUUCCGCCGGAACCAAACCAUCAACGCAGCAGCGGGCGAGAUCCGAGCGGUGUGCCGAGACCUGAUUCGGGAGAAGAAGGCCAAGUUGGCCAACAAGGAGCAGCCAGAUAUUGACAUCCUCUCGGUGGCCAUUGAGAGCGGCGGCUUCACGGAUGAGAACUUGGUUGAUCAGCUCAUGACGUUUCUCGCUGCGGGGCAUGAAACGACGGCAUCAGCCAUGACCUGGGCGAUUUAUAUGCUGUCUCGAUACCCCGAGGUUCAGAGCCGGCUGCGGGAAGAGGUGCGAGAGCGCUUACCAUCCGUAGAUUCGGAUGCCGACAUCACCAGCCUCGACAUUGAUCGCAUGCCGUACCUCAAUGCCGUGUGCAGCGAGGUUCUCCGUUACUACAGCCCCGUGCCGUUGACGAUGCGUGACGCCGCUCACGACACAACGAUUCUGGGUCAUCCAGUGCGGCAAGGUACUCGUAUCGUCAUUGUGCCCUGGGCGACUCACUUUGAUCAGCACCUUUGGGGUCCGGACGCGGACCGUUUCGACCCGGAGCGGUGGCUCCCCUCCGGCCCCGAGGGUGGAGCCGCAGACCGGAAGGCCGCCAGCGGGGGCGCGACCAGCAACUACGCGUUCCUGCCGUUCCUGCACGGGCCCCGGAGCUGUAUCGGGCAGAGCUUCGCCAAGGCCGAGUUCGCCGCCCUCCUCGCGGCGUGGGUCGGCCGGUUCGAGUUUGCGCUGGCGAACCCGGAGGAGGCGGACGAGAGCAAGGUGGAAAUCCGGGGCGGUGUAACGGCCCGGCCCGCCAAGGGCAUGCAUGUCAAGGUUAAGGUUGUGGGCGGGUUUUGA